AUGUGCCAAUACUGGAAGAAGCGCCACACAUGCGCGCACACGAGCGACCGCCCGUACAUUGAAAUGUGCUGCGCAGGCUACGUCAGCAAUACCGUGUGCGCAGACAUAACGACGAACCUGGUUCCACGGCCCUCGCACUUCCCCUGCUAUCCGUGCAUCAGGGACGAGGUGAUUGUUGAGGCGCGCGAGAAGCACGAGCGUGCUGCUGAGGCGGCGGUCAGGGCGGUGCGGGAUGUGGCUGCGCGGAAGAGGGAGGGGGAGAGGGUGGGGAGGGAGGAGCGUGGGAUGGGGGAGGGUGGGGCGUGGAUGCUUGCUGAGGGUGGCAGUGGGAAGAGCAAGAAGAAGGGCAAGGGGGGAGCGGGAGGUGGUGUGUUGGCGAGUCCGGGUUCGCAGGCGAAGCAGGGCGCGUUGGAGGAGAGUGAGAAGGGUGGGAAGAUGGGGGGUAGGGCGGGGAGCUGGGGACCGAAGAAGAUUCUGAGUAGGGGCGAGACGGAGGUGGUGCUGGCGGAUGUUAGCAACGGUGUGGAGAAGUGA